GCUAUAGCCAUGUCCGAGAAGGAUAACGAGUCCUUGAAGGAAGAUACGUGCGCACUUGGUGAAAAUGAUCAGAAGGCAGAGGAUGCUGAACCCACUGAGACUGAUGGUGUGGAAGUGGAACCAGCAGCUAUGACGCGGAAAAGACCUGAAUCCAAAACACCUGAGAUUUCUGAUGCACCAGAGACAUUAGCCCAGAAAGUGCAGGACUCUAGUUCUACCUCACCGACAGGAUGGGGGUACUGGGGGAACUGGGGAAAGUCUUUACUCUCAACUGCUUCUGCUACAGUGGCUACAGUAGGUCAUGGAAUCUCAAAUGUCAUUGAAAAAGCAGAGACAUCCCUUGGGAUUCCCAGCCCUAGUGAAUUGUCGUCUGAGGCCAAAGAUGUUACAGAAGAAUGCGAGAAUUCUGCAAUUACCAGUGACUGCAAAGGAGAUGCAGAAAAUCCUUCACCGUCCAGUAGUGGUGCCUUUGGAAUGUUUUCUACCAUCUCUGCUGCUGUUCAGAACACAGGAAAGACCGUUAUUAGUGGGAGCCUGGAUGCAUUAGAGUUCAUUGGUAAGAAGACUAUGGAUGUGAUAGCUGAAGGCGACCCUGGAUUUAAGAAGACAAAAGGCCUGAUGAACAGGAAUUCCACACUUUCUCAGAUCUUGCGAGAGGCAAAGGAGAAAGAAGAACAAAGGACAGCUACUGAGGUUUCCAUGGCUACAGAGAAGAAAGCCCAUUAUGGCCUACUCUUUGAUGAGUUUCAGGGUCUUGCUCAUUUGGAAGCCUUGGAGAUGCUUUCCAGAGAGAGUGAAUCAAAGGUGAAGUCGGUUAUCGGUACACUCUCUGGAACAGAGUUAGAUGCUUUAAAGGCAGAGCUGGAACAGCUCAAAGAAGCGUUUUCAUUAGCUGAAUUUUAUGAUGACGAAGAGGAAGAAAAGGGAGCAGAUGAAGACUUCACACAGGAGAUAAUGGGAUUUUUUUCACAACUCCAUGUCUCAACAAAGCCAGACAAACUGACGCAGGCAAGGAACUCUGCUUGUGAAUUAGCCCACAGCCUCAGUGUGCAAAUGGCAAAGGAAGAAAGACAGAAGGAAGAAGACCAGCAGGUGGGCUCGGGGGAUGCUGAACAAGAGAACAAAAAAUCAGUAGAGACUGAUGUCUUUUUCUCACUGCUGCAGGAUAUUCACACAUCUGCAAUCAGAAGCCUGGCUGAAUUGACAGCCUACUCCAUUGAAGUGUUCCACAAAACUGCCGCACUGGUUCUGCACGGCCAGGAACAAGAUGUGUCAGCCGUAGACCGAGCCAAGGCCCUCUCGCAAAUGACCAUUGUGCUGUGUAAAGAACUGUCAUCUCUGUCUAAAGACUUUGCUACGUGUUUAACAGCUGCAGGGGUGGAAGAGAAGGCAGAUGUCCUUAACCCUUUAAUCACUGGAGUGUUUUUAGAGGCUUCCAACAGCGCUUCAUAUGUCCAAGACGCCUUCCAACUCCUCUUGCCAGUUCUGCAGAUCUCUCACAUCCAAACCCAGGCAGAGUUAACACAGCAAUAAAAUGAAUCAGACUGUACUUGAGCAGAAUCCUGC